UUUAGGCGGCGACGGAUCGUCGUCGAAAUUCCGAAUUUCUUUUCGUGUUCAAUCAACAAACGGCAGAACUAGUGCAUGUUUUUUCUUCUUGAAGUCUCUUUCAUCGGCAGCGAGUGAUUUGGUUGCGCUAUGUGCAUUCCGAUUCGUUGAUCAGCAUCAUGAAAACUGUCGAUGCAUCUUUGUUCAGCAUGUUCUUCAAACAUAAGGAUAAACCUUCUCCAUCCAAUGAAGAAUCAGAAGACCUUGGUGAUGUUCUUGACAUUGAGGUGGACUCUUACCUAAACAAUAGGAAGGAGGCACAUUAUAAAAAGAUUAUUUGGGAGAAAAUUAACAAAGACUAUCUUCAGGACCAAACAGCUAAGAAACUAGGCCGUGAUGUUGUUGGAGCUGCAGCUAUGAUUAAAAAAUCAAAAAAGAGGCCAAGGGAAAAAGAAGCUCCAAUAAACAACCCUGCUCAAGCCGGUACAGAAGCUUCGCGUGAAAUGUUAACUAAGAAGAGGCUCAGUUCAAAAUUUAACUUCGACGUGUUGGACAAACUCUUCUCUGAUACACCUACACCUGAUUCAAGAGAAAAGCAGGGAGCCUCAAGUAGUAAAGAGAAUAGUUCAUCCGAGCUUGAAGUCGACCUCGAAGACAAUCAUACCGAUACAAUGUUUGAAGAGAAUGUCGACAUCGAAGGUGAAGAUCCCACAGAAACUUAUGGUAACGAGUAUUAUGAUUUCGAAAAUGAGGAAGAGUAUGGCUAUGGAUUUGAUGAUUAUGGUGCUGAGGAGGAAUAUUAGUUGAUCGUUUUACACAAAAGCUUCUUAAUUUUGCUCAGAUCAUGAGAUGGAUUCAAGAUAACAGCCCAUGAAAGAGCAUUGAAUUAAGGGUUUCGACAUAAAAUGCUUGGCUUGAACCUUUCAUCUUUAAAAUUAAAAAUUAAAAAUAAAAAAAAAAUUAAAAAAAAAACUAGUUGAUUUUGUUUUUCCACUAAUGUCCCGUGACUAUUUACAAUUUAAUCCUUGUUCCUACACACAAAUAUAUAUAUGUGUGUGUGUGAAUUUGUGAUUCUCUCUCCUUUAUGCAAAGGCUUAGGAUUUCACGUUCAUUAAUGUUUCUUUUCAAAAAAAGAAAAAUCAUUGACUGCCCUACAUCCUCUUUCUUCCUCCUCUCUCUUUUCUCCUUCCUCCCUCUUUUUUCUCCUUUUGGUGAUUUAAAAUCCCUUCCUUAUUGUCGUUCACCCAUUGGAUUUGGUCGACCAUCGUCGUCGUCGUUCACCAGUCCGUUGUUUGCCCAUUGGAUUCGACCACUGUCGCCAACCGUCCUUUGCCAGUUUGUCGCGCACUAUUCAUCCUCAUUCAUCAAUCACUCGCUCGCUCGUCGUAAUCGAUCGUUUGCCCUUGUUCAUUAAUCAUUUUCCAUCAUCAUUGACUUUCGGUCGCCGAUCGCGGGUCGUUGAGGUAAGUCGCUAGUCGAGUUUUCGUUGAUUCUCUCAUUUGUGGUUUGCUCCCCAAGAUUUAGCUGUCUAUAUAGAUCCAUGGCGGCCACAGCUGAAAAAGAAUAAGAGAUGAUGUAGAGUUAUUGUAUGAAGAUGGAGAGAUGAAGAUAGACUGUAUUUGUGUCGUCUAUACAAAUUUGUCGCACCAAGAUCGAGGUGAACUUUUUUUUAAACCCUAAAUAUAUAUGUUAUAAACCUCUGAUGGAAUAUGCAUUCCUUGUAACGUUGUUUAUUUAAUAUAUAUUGUGAUUUAUGUUGAAUAUUAAGUCAA